UUCCUUUGGGAAUUAAAAGAAAUAAAAUGAUUUCAUAGGAAAUACAAUAAUUCCAAACAUUGAUUACUACUUUUCUUAUCUGUAUCUCUGCUGCGUAAAUAUCAUGAAUAUUACGUUUCGACGCACUUCACAGAAAUAGAAAAGUACUAAUUGUGCUUUUACAGACAUACGGUUCAAGAAAGAAUAUAUACAAAAUGUUUUAACCGAAGCUAAAACAAAUCAAAGAAGAAAAAUGCGUUCUUUACUUUUUUUUGCAAUAGGAAAUGUCAAAUGAAAGAAAUUACAAUAAUUUGUAAUUCGUUAUUAUGAUGAAACCAUAUUUAAGCAAUAAUGUUCUGGACAAAAUUCCAAAAACGUCCAGCAUCGAUGAUUUAAAAACAAAAGCUGAGGAAGAAUUUACAAAAUAUUAUGGAACUUACCCAACCUGUGCCGUGUACGCACCCGGAAGUCUGACAAUAGGCGGGAAAAACCGAAAUGUAGAGAGCAAAUCAUUGUCCAUGGCCGUUCAACUUGUCACUGUGGUAGUUGGCAAACGAAGUCAUGGAAAUAAAUGGUGUUACGUUAAAACAAUGGCAGAGGAAAUAGUCGGUAGUAAAGUAUUCGACAUUUAUUUGAACACCGAGUCACUUGAAAUAUCAACGGAAGAAAGUUUGUGGGUACGAUAUGUAAAGGGAACGAUACAAAGUUUCAAGACCAGACGAGCAAACGUUCCCGGAUUUAAAAUCGUAAUCGCGUCCAACGUGCCGAUGAAACGUGGUCUUGGAAGUAGCUCCGCCUUGGUCGUCGCCUUAUACACGUUUCUCGAGGCGAUCACGAACUCGUACACGGGCAACAUUCUCGAAAAAACAUUGGCAUGCUACUUAGCUGAGAGAUUGGCAGCCAACCCAUGCCGAGUACAUCUGGGUGACAUUUUGACCUCGGUCAUAGGAAUCGAAGACAAAAUAUUCUGUUUCAACCCAAAAUCUCUCCACUUCAAAACCUACAAUUGGGAUUCCAAGGACGUUUAUUUUAUAUUCAUAGAAUGUGGAAAAAAAGAAUGGUCACCAUUUUGUACAGAAAUGAAAAAUAAAGAAAUCUUGACUUUGAUAAAUACCAGAUCUAAAUGGCGAACACAUCCUCUUCCUGAUUCAAUGAUCCAGCUCCUUUUUUCCCAAGAAACUAUAAAAAUGGUCAAUGAUAUUCAUAAUGAAAAUGAUAGAAUCAAAAAUAUGAUUGAAAAAAUUGAAUCAGAGGAAUGGGAACAUUUGGGUAAUUACUUCUCUCUUAAUUGCAUAGUAUUAAUCAUGUAUAAUUGAUAUAAGCAAUUAUUUUACAUAGCUUGUUAAACGUAAAUAAUAUUAUAUUAUUUUAGGCCGUAUUUAAUAAUAUAUAUCUUUCUUAUAAUUAUAUAUUUCCAAAGUUAGGUACGCGUUCCUUCAAGUCACCUCGACUGUACAUACAAUGUUACAGGAAAGCUGAUGGGAGAAAACCAUCGUCCCAUGGGAGAAUGUAUCAGUGAAUUAAAAAAUGUCGAGGGAGUUUUAGGAAUCAGUAUCAUCGACCGUGAUUAUGAUGCAUCUAUAGUAACGCUGGUAAAAAGAAAAUUCUUUAAGCGAAAAAAAUAAAAUAAAAUUGUCAUGUUUCUUCAACAGGUGCGAAGAUC